CUAGUACUGUAUGUCGUCGGGAUCAACACUGCAAGUAAUCAAGAUCGAAAAAGCAACCUGACUCGUGGUUGUUUCUUCGGCCCUGCAGUCGCUGUACACCCUGCCUUCUCUUUCGCGUAGGGACCUCAUGGCGGAGCGCAGCAGCGGCGACGGCGACGACUCGGAGCUGCAGUACGAGAGCAAGCAUGUCCACGAGGUCUACGACCGGAUUGCGACGCACUUCUCGUCUACGAGAUACAAGCCGUGGCCGGUGGUGGACGAGUUCCUACGGAAUCUGCCCGUGGGCGCCGUUGGGCUGGACGUGGGAUGCGGCAACGGGAAAUACCUCGUCGUGAACAAGAACGUCUUUAUCGUCGCCUCGGACAGAUCGAACGCCCUCGUGGACAUUGCGCGGCAACACCAGCCUCACGACGCCAUUGUCGCAGAUACGCUCAGCCUGCCUCACCCCGCCUUCCGCUUCGAUUUCGCCAUAUCCAUCGCGGUAAUCCACCACCUCUCCACCGUGGAACGUCGAGUCCAGGCGAUUCGGACGAUCCUGCAUACAUUAAGACGGCCCGUGGAAGGCUCGGGUGGGGGUCAAGCAUUGAUAUUUGUGUGGGCGCUCGAGCAGAAAAACAGCCGAAGAGGAUGGGAUCAAGGCGACCAACAAGAUGUCCUUGUGCCAUGGGUUCUCAAGCCCGACAAACCCACCGCGCCGGACGCCCCGCCGCAGACAUAUCAACGGUACUAUCAUUUGUAUCACAAAGGUGAACUGGAAGACAACGCCGUCGCAGCGGGUGCUCGCAUACUCAAGUCAGGCUACGAUCGAGAUAAUUGGUGGGUCGUCAUUGCUCCGAACGCCUGAUAGAUAUGUCUCCCUUUUUCAGUGUCGCUCGCAACCGCUUGCUGUCAUCUGAACAGUAAGCACAGCCCAGCCUCUAUCGCAGCCAAUUCUUGGAAGCCGCACCACGCUGCACAUGUCCAAGACCGAAAUGUAAAACAGAAGGGACCCAACGCCAAGAGAAACCCGAAAUGAUGACGGCUCCCGCCUGCUUGCGCCCCGUAUCGGAUAUGCUUGAUUCGAAAACCGACGAUACACCCGCCCGUUCCGUCUACCGGUAUGGUGGGUGUCGUCCCCGGGCAUGAUCGUAAUGAUGAUGACGCUGGUGGUAGAAAGGGUCGUGUGGCUGAUGGGGCACCGGUGAAAAUGCUGGUAAUCCGGCAGUGAGCUCUGCUAAGGAGGGCAGCUGCUGUUGACCUGGCAGUGGUGGGUGGUGCGGCAUCGGUUCACCAGGGCCGCCAUGUCGCAUCGGCGGUCUAGGUGGCAGCAUGGCUGGUUCGACACCGCUGGCGACAUUGGCCAGGGAGAAAGGUGUCACGCCCGCUCGUUUCGCCAUCUCAUGCUCUCCCAUCUGCCAAUGCAUUGCUUCGACCGCUCUCCAAGGCAUGGCCAUCUCCUCUGCGAUUCUCGCCCACAUAUCCGCGCGAAAUCUGGUCCGAAAGGGUCAGUGAGACGGUCCGUGUUUCUAGGAAGGAUGUUGACACCUGUGGGGACACGGUUCACGAGAUCUGAUCCGGUGCCGACCAUCUGGUGUGACGUUUCUCAGCAUACCUCUCGUACAACCUUGCAAGCUUAUUCUUGCGAUCCUCAUCCCAUUCACUCCGCCUCUCCAGGUAAUUCUGAUAAUGGAGUCGACAGCUGAUGGCACUGCGGCCGGGCAAAUGCUUGCUGAUGUCCUCCCAUUUCAUUCCAUCCUGUCGAAGUUGAAUGAUCUUGGCGUCCUCUUCGGGGGACCAUUUGGAUUGCUUUUUGGCCGGUGUUUGAAUGGGAUGCUCGUGGCUCCUCAAGAGUCUCUUGGCCGGCACCGCCGAACGCGGCCGGGGUGGCAAGGGAGCCACGUUGGCGGCGGUGGUGGGCGGGCCUGACUCUGGUUGGGACACCGAGGAGGGGGACUUGGCUGACUGGCUUUCCUCGUCGGUUGUGGGUUUGAGCAAUGCCGAGAUAUCCACGAUGGAAGAUGGAGCGACAGCCCUGGUGCAGCAGGAUCGGAGGGCAGCGGUUCACUGUCACUGGCGACCAGGAUAUGCUACCAUACACAUCAGUGGACACUUUGGUGUAUGACCAUCGGUAGUGGGCAGACGAGGUCGCAGCAGAAGGCGAAAUAUAUGUUGAUGUUCGGGAGCACCGCCUGGUGGACAGAGCAGCUGGUUUGGUUCUACCCAGACAGGGCGGUGCCGGAUUGUCCGUUGGAUUGUCCCAAUUCGAGCACAGACAAAUCGUCAACUACCGUGUAGGCAGGUAUAGCAGGGCCGGCAGAAGAGAUGCUAGAUACCAGGCAAAAUGAGAGAUCCAACCGAGUGUGUUGGUUAAGAAAUGUCCAACCGUCUGAGCGUGCAAUACUGAAGCCCUCCAAAAUGCGGUCUGGGUCUGCGGAAGAGAACGAGACGGGUCACAUUCGCGCUUGGUCUCCCAGAUGACGGACAUGCUAUUUGUUUUGGGGACUUGGUGUUUCUUCGCGUGUGUGAUCGAGCCUGACACUUCAUUAAGAGGCGGCCAGCACAAACAAGCAAACCUUGGGGGAACGAACUUGAACUGGAACGAAUGUUAGUACUGUACAGUAACAGUCCGGGACCUCUCUUGACGUCUCCACGUCGUUGCAGCGGCAGCGGCUGCUGGCGUCUGCGCCAUCCACUUCCGGCAUUCGCCUGGCUGCUGUCUCCUGUGCCCCUGCGAGAACCCAGCGGAGAGGUCGUGCCAGCGUACCACUGUAUCUGAUAUCAUCCACCGGCUAGGAUAUCAGUACUAGUAGUGCAGUGGUUUGAGGUCGCUGGGGCCAAGGGAAGGUGGAUAUACCCAUGCUGGCUCUGUCGUCCCAUCGGCGCCAGCGCUAGCUUGCGCGUAAAGGGGAACUGCAUUGCUAACCCAGACGACCUUGGACUCCCCUAGGAAGCCCCAGUCAGUAUGAAACCGGGGGGUCAAAUUUAAGGGAACGGACGGGUUGCAUUCCAAGGCAGCUGAAAGACGGGGCACUGGCAAGCAGUAAGCAGUGCGGUGGGCAGAGGGCUUGCAAGUACCUACCAAGUAGUGCCAUGGUGUCAGACGGUACUAGUAGAGUCGGCGGUUGAUGGCGGCACUGCAAGCAGCGCAAUGGGAGACUGUCCCCUACUAGUAUUUGGAUACUAGUAGGCGAGAUAUCAAACAACCUGACAGUGACAGCGGAGGGUUUGUUUUGAACUUGAUGUGGCAUAGCGUUCGCCAGAUGCUGUUGUCGUGUUCAUUCAUGCAGGCUGAUGUGCGAGUGGGCGGAAGCUAAAAUUCGUCCUGCUGCUCUUCCAGCUUACUACUAGUAACCUUGGAAGGUAUACUACUAUCACUACCAGGUGCCUCUAGACCUACAGUAGAAGGU